CGCUCUCGCUCGCCGUCGUUCCAUGAAGCGCUUUCAUAAGCUGCUGACAGCUGCGCAGUUUGUGUUUGACAGCAGCACAGGUUCAAACUGAGAGGUUUACAGGUGAGCGAGGACUGAAAUCCUGGUUUAAGAUGUCCGGAGGGGCCCGUCUGGAGAACGCCAACCCGGUGAUCUUCCAGCGGUCCGGGGAGAGGCUGCUCACCGCGUCCGAGGAGGACGAGGACGUCCACGACCCCAUCGACGACAGAGAGAUAUUCGAUCUGAUCAGAUCCAUCAACGACCCAGAACAUCCUCUGUCUCUGGAGGAGCUCAACGUGGUGGAACAAGUCCGAGUCAAGGUGGACGAUGCAGGAAGCACCGUGGGCGUGGAGUUCACUCCCACAAUCCCCCACUGCAGCAUGGCCACGCUCAUCGGCCUGUCCAUCAAGGUCAAGCUGCUGCGCUCGCUGCCCGACAGAUUCAAAAUCGACGUUCACAUCUCUCCUGGGACUCACGCCUCAGAGGAAGCAGUGAACAAGCAGCUGGCCGACAAAGAGCGAGUGGCAGCGGCUCUGGAGAACUCGUCCCUGCUGGAGGUGGUGAACCAGUGUUUGUCCAGCAGAACCAUGUGACCGCGGCGUCGUCCUCGUCUGGCUUCAGAGCUCUGAACAGCGAGACGUGUCUGACGAAGCUUCCUGUCCAGCCAUGACUAGCUGGUAAACAGCGAGGCAGCAAAACGAGAGUUAGAGUCCAAACAUUUCCAGUGUUUCCUGAAGAAAAGUACCAGAAGAACCCAAAGAAUGAUGUGGCAGACAUGUUUGGGCAACUCAGAGAAAUCAUUCCUCCGUUUGUACACGUUAGCGAUGUGGAAAAAGUCUGAAAACUGCUUAUUUCUCCUGAGUUAUUUAAUCUAAUGACAUUUGCAUUGUUACAGAUGAAGUAAGUUUUUAAGAGAUCAAUAUCUGGAGCGUCUGAUACGAGAGUCGCUGCUUGUCUGUGAAGUUUUUAUUAAAAAUGUGCCGAACGUGAAA